AUGUUCCGUACACCCCAGAGCGCCUUCGACGAUGCCGUCGCCAAGGCGACGGAUGAGAAUUUGACCUCGGAGAACUGGGAAUACAUUCUGGAUGUUUGUGACAAGGUUUCUGCCGAAGAGUCGGGUCCGAAAGAAGCGGUCGCUGCCAUGAUCAAAAGACUGGCUCAUAGGAAUGCCAAUGUGCAACUCUAUACAUUGGAGCUGGGCAAUUCCCUGUCGCAGAAUUGUGGACCCAAGAUUCACCGCGAGCUGGCUUCGAGGAGUUUUACUGAUGCGCUCCUUCGCCUGGCCGCUGACCGGAACACACACCAGCAGGUCAAGUCCAAGAUUCUGGAACGAAUGGAGGAAUGGACGCAGAUGUUCUCGUCAAACCCGGAUUUCGGCAUCAUGGAGCAAGCGUAUAUGCAACUGAAGACACAGAACCCGAAUCUGCAGCCGCCGUCCAAACCGGGAAAACGCGAGAUUACCCAGUCCGAUCGACAGAAAGAGGAAGAAGAGCUGCAGAUGGCAUUGGCCCUAUCAAUCAAGGAUAAAAAUCCGGCCGAACCCAAACAGGGUGAACCUUCUGCAUCUGCAGUCGCAUCAUCUUCCGCUGCGCCGACCCAAGCUCAAUCUCAACCUGCUGUGGCACAGCCCGUGCCUUCAGGAACAUCGGCAGCGACUGUAUCUCGAGUGAGAGCGUUGUUCGACUUUAUGCCAUCUGAACCGGGAGAGUUGCAAUUUCGGAAAGGCGAUGUCAUUGCAGUCCUAGAAUCCGUCUAUAAAGACUGGUGGAAGGGAUCGUUGAGAGGACAGACCGGCAUUUUCCCUCUGAACUAUGUCGAGAAGCUCCCCGAUCCCACUACAGAAGAGUUGCAGCGAGAGGCACAGAUGGAGGCGGAUGUCUUCAGCCAGAUCAAGAACGUCGAGAAGCUGCUGACGCUACUGAGUACGCGGAGUUCCGACCUCAAUGUUCAAGACAAUGAGGAAAUCACCACUCUCUACCAUCACACGCUAGCGAUUCGACCUAAGCUCAUCGAGCUGAUUGGCAAAUAUUCCCAGAAGAAAGACGAGUUCACGCAGCUUAACGAGAAGUUCAUCAAGGCCCGGCGUGAUUAUGAGUCCCUCUUGGAGGCCUCUAUGACCCACCCGGCUCAGCCCCAGUAUGGCCGUCCUCCCCAGCCGCAGUACGGUUACCCAGGUGUUGCCCCUGUUGGAUAUCCUCCUGGUCCUCCCCAGGCUGGCCCUCCCCAAGCAGAUCAACGAUACUUUAGUCCUCGUCCUCAAGAAACGCAACCUCCGCAAUCAAAUGCUUCUCCAUACUAUGGUGCGGAGCAGACAAUGCCAUACCGGCCUGCAUCUCACUCCCCCGAUCCCCGCAUUCAAGCCUCCAUGGGUGCACCAGUCGUGCACCAACAGCCACCCCAGCCGCUGCAGCAGCAGCCGCCGCCUCCCUCGGAUGCGUACCAGCCGCCUACGCAUCACCGACCGCAGUCUACCUAUGAUCAUCCGCAGGAACUGGGGACAUCCGUGUACGACACCCCCGUUGACCACCCCAACGUGGGCCAUCGUCCUCCCUACCAACCGGGCACCCAGGCACCACCUGCACAGCACCAACAGUUCCAGCAGCAGCAAGCGCCGCCCCCGCAAGAAGGCUAUUCGCCUUCAGUUUAUUCUCCUGAGGAUUCAUCUCAGGUCACACCUUCGUCCGCUAUUCCUCAGCAGCCUCCGCAGCAUUAUUUUCCGCAGCAGCAGCAGCAGCAACAACAACAACAGCAAAACCCCCCGUAUCCCCAAUCGCCAGUUGCCCAUUCCGUUCCUCCUUCACAUCAGCCUCCCCCAGUUCCUGGCAACGCUCCACCGGCCGUGCCGUAUACUGCUUACAGCCCCCCGCCUGCUCCAGCGCCCAGCGGAGAGUACCAGGCCUAUCAGCAGCCUCCGGGAUCAAACCCCGCUUCUUUCUAUAGGUAG